GUGUCAAAUUAAAACGUCAAAUAUCCCUACUUUGUUGUCAACCUAAAAACGUUUUAUAAACGUUUUUUCAAAAAUCUUAAUAAUGUCUCAUUUAUCUCGAAAAGAUUUGGAUGAGUUAAAACCGUCAGUGGAUAAAGCGGUUUAUAAAGUUUUAGGUGAAAGCGAUUCUCACUUGGUUAGCACAGCCUUGCAUUGUUUAGCAUCGGGUUAUGAUCACAGAAAAACGACCGAUAAAUUGUGUUCUUACAUUGAUAGCAAGAAAGCGAGUCGUAUCUCGGAUAAAUUAUUCGAUUUACUCGACGAUUUGAGGUAUAAUUCGAAGAAAAGGGGCCACGAUGAGCGCGAUUACGACAGGGAUAAUAAAAGACCAAAGUCGAAGCAUUACGAUGAAAGAGAGCGAGGUGAUGAUCGGGAUAGGAAGGUUAAAGAGAUGAUGAAAAGUGCGCAAAGACAAAUUGAGGAAAGAAAAAGAACUUUGCCCGAUAAUGGAUCAUCAAACAGCAGUAAAAACGCAACAGAACAACCCGUAAACAUCCCUACACCUAGUAUUUAUGGAAUUCCAAUGGGGUUAUUAAAUCGAGGGGAUGCUGAUAAAGCAAGGAAAAUUGCCCAAUUACAAGCCCAAAUCAAAAAUAAGCUUUCAAUGGGAAUUUUGGGGAACGUAGUAAUACAAAUGCCCGUUGCUGUUGAUAAACCAACUCCAUUAAUAUUAGAUGAAGAAGGUAGAACGGUUGAUAAAUCAGGAAAAGCAGUACAACUCACACAUGUAGCCCCAACUUUAAAAGCUAACAUUCGCGCCAAAAAGCGAGAACAAUUUAAAUCACAACAUCAUGAGAAAAACGACGAUAGUAACGUUGAUAAAUUCUACGAUUAUCGGUUAAGCAUGAAACCAGCCCUUCGAAAUAAAAGAACUUUAAGGUUCCAUGAACCGGGGAAAUUUCAACAACUUGCGGAACGAUUAAGAAUGAAAGCGCAACUUGAAAAGUUACAAAACGAAAUUUCGCAAAUUGCUAAAAAAACGGGGAUUUCCUCCGCUACUAAAUUAGCUUUAAUUGCGAAAUCGGAAGGUCUCUCGGAAGAUAUCCCACAAAUGGAAUGGUGGGAUUCUGUUAUUUUACUCGACGAUUUAGACACUGUAGUUAAUGGAAAAAUUGCUGUUAAAGAAAGUGUUAUUAAUAAUUUAGUUGAGCACCCCACUCAAGUUAGAUGUCCAUUUGAUCCCUUACGUCCUGUCUAUAUGCCAGUAUUUUUAACGAAAAAAGAACGUAAAAAACUUCGUAGGCAAAAUCGCCGUGAGAUGUGGAAAGAAGAACAAGAAAAGAUUAGAUUAGGUUUAGAAGCCCCCCCGGAGCCAAAACUGCGAAUUUCAAAUUUAAUGCGAGUUCUUGGAACGGAGGCGGUUCAAGAUCCAACAAAAAUCGAAGCGCACGUUCGUGAGCAAAUGGCGAAGCGACAAAAAGCUCACGAAGAAGCCAACGCUUCCCGCCGAUUAACAGCCGAUCAAAAACGCGAUAAAAAAAUUAAAAAAAUCAAGGAAGAUACUUCAACGGGGGUUUACGUUUCUGUUUUUCGUAUUCGAGAGUUACAUGAAUUGGCUUCGAAAAAAUUUAAAGUUGAAACGAAUGCGAAACAAUUAUUUAUGACUGGGUGUGUGCUUAUGUAUCCGGAUUGUUGUGUUGUUGUGGUUGAAGGGGGUCCAAAACAACAAAAAAAGUAUAAAAGAUUGAUGUUGCAUCGGAUUAAAUGGGAGGAAGAUACCGUUAAGGAUCCGGAUGGGAAUGAAGUACCAAAUAAAUGUACCUUAGUUUGGGAGGGGACGAGUAAGCAAAGAAAUUUUGGAGAAAUUAAAUUUAAGGUUGUUCCAACGGAAAGAAUGGCGAGGGAACAUUUUAAAAAACACAAAGUGGAACAUUAUUGGGAUUUAGCUUAUAGCGGGGCCGUGUUGGAGCCUACCAUUGAAUCAUGAGGAAUUGGAAUGUGUAAACCAAUUAAUUUAGGUUUGCACUAAUUUCAUUAUUAAAAAUUAAUUUUUUUUGUGUAAAUAUUGAAUUUAAGAUAUGAAAACAAAAAUUAUUAAUAAAAU